AUGGGCGCCAUCCGACAGUGCUCGACCGGGAUGCGGGCGCAUCUCGCGGCCGGCCUGGGAGCGGGUGCGAGGAGGAGGGCCGUCGCCGGGUGCAGGCGCGGGCUCGGCACGACGAGCGCCCGGCCCGGCUUGAAGGAGUCGUUUUGCCAGACGGACGUCGACUACGAAAAGCACAAGCGGGACUCGCUGGCGAGGCAGAAGGCGGGCGCCGGGGAGUGGAAGCCGGAGCUGGCGUCGGACAGCGAGGAGGCCGUCCGGGCGGACCGGGAGCCCGCGCCGCCGGGGGGCAUCGCGAAGCUGCAGGAGCAGGCGAAGAGGUCUGCCGAGGAGAGGUCGAGGCGGGGGACGGGCGGGCGGGACGGCGCGUAG